CUCCUUGCUUUCCAACAUUCAUAUCUCACUUAUGCACAAAUGAGCUCUUUUGCAUAGGUUCGUUAGCAUCAAGUCAAAGCAAAAUCUGCUGAUAUAACUACUUCAAGUGUCUUUAGUUGUCUAAAUAUCACUUUGGUUGUGAAGAUAUGUUCAUCAGGAUUUUCUUUACUUCAUUCGUUGCCUUCACUUGUUUUUCAACUUCCACACUUGGAGCCACUCUAAUCCUAGAUGAAGUGGAAAAUCAGAUUGGGUUACACUAAAUCCAGUGGUGGGAUCUGAAAAUUCAAUGACGUGCAACUGCACCUUCGACAAUAACACUGUCUGCCAUAUUAUUAGCAUUGUGCUCAAAACUCAGAAUCUCACAGGGACAGUCCCCACAGAGCUGGUGAAGCUUCCUUACCUGCAGGAAAUUGACCUCACUCGCACCUACCUUAACGGUUCAAUCCCUGAAGAAUGGGGUUCCACGAAACUAGUCAACAUUUCUCUUCUUGGGAACCGGUUAACGGGACCGAUCCCGAAAGAGUUGGGAAACAUCAGCACUCUUGUAAACUUUACCGUGGAGUUCAAUCAGCUUUCAGGUGUUCUUCCUCCAGAGCUGGGGAAUCUGCCCAGUAUAGAGAAGAUGCAUCUCACCUCCAACAAGUUUAUUGGGGAGUUGCCGGAAACAUUUGCAAAGCUUACCACAUUGAAGGAGUUUAGGAUUGGUGAUAAUAAUUUCACAGGAACAAUACCCAAACUCAUUCAGAACUGGACAAGUCUUAAACAAUUAGUGAUUCAGGCAAGUGGUAUGAGUGGGCCUAUUCCUCCUGAGAUUGGUGUUUUGGCAAAACUAUCUGACUUGAGAAUCAGCGACUUGAAAGGAACUGAAGCAGCUUUUCCACUAUUGAGUAAUAUGACAAACUUGAAUAUACUGAUAUUGAGGAGUUGCAAUCUCAGUGGACCGCUGCCCGACUAUCUUGGGCAAUGGACAAGCUUGAAAACUUUAGACGUGAGUUUCAACAAAUUAAGUGGAAAAAUUCCAGACAGCUAUCUUGGUAUAUCAAAAAUAGACUACAUGUAUUUGACCGGAAACUUGCUAACUGGACGCAUACCCGAUUGGAUUCUGCAGAAAGGAAAAAACAUUGAUCUUUCCUACAAUAACUUUACGAGUGGAAACUCAGAAGACUGUCAGACUCGAACUGUGAACUUGUUUGGAAGCUCUUCAGGGAGCAAUAACUCUGGAAUCGUUUCAUGCUUGAGAAGCUUCCCUUGUCCAAAAAAUUAUUACUCAGUCCAUAUCAACUGUGGUGGAAAGGAAGUAAUUAUUGACAACACAGCAUACGAAGAUGAUACAUAUUUAUCUGGAGCUUCCACAUAUUACAGAAGUGGAGCUAAUUGGGCGGUUAGCAGCACUGGUUACUUCAUGGAUGAUAGUAUUACUACAGACUCCUACAUUGCAAACAAUAAGUCUAUACUCUUGAUGAAUAAUUAUGCACUGUACAUGAAUGCACGUCUUUCUGCCCUCUCUCUCACUUAUUAUGCAUUCUGUCUGGGAAACGGAAACUACACGGUAAAACUCCAAUUUGCGGAGAUUAUGUUUACUGACGACAAAACGUAUAGCAGCCUUGGAAGGCGCAUAUUUGAUGUUUACAUUCAGGGCAACCAGGUUCUGAAGGAUUUCAAUAUUGAGGAUGAAGCAGGAGGGGCUGGCCAAGAAAUCAUAAAAAUUUUUACAGUAGCCGUGACUAGCAGAACAUUGGAGAUCCGCUUCUAUUGGGCUGGUAAAGGGACAACUGCCAUUCCUAGUAAAGGGGUUUACGGUCCUCUUAUAUCUGCUAUUGCUGUGACCCCCAAUUUUAUACCUCCUGCAGAAAAUGGAAGUAGUAUAUCUGCAGGUGCUGUGGUUGGUAUUGUGGCUGCAGUAGCACUUCUUCUGCUUCUGGUUCUAGGUGUCCUUUGGUGGAAAGGCUGUCUAAGACGUAAAAAUACAAUGGAACAAGAUUUAAGGGGCCUAAAUCUGCAAACUGGUACAUUUACCUUACGGCAAAUUAAGGCUGCCACAAACAACUUUGAUGCUGCUAAUAAGAUUGGAGAAGGUGGUUUUGGCUCUGUCUAUAAGGGCCUAUUAUUGGAUGGCACAAUAAUUGCAGUGAAGCAGCUUUCUUCCAAAUCAAAACAAGGAAAUCGUGAGUUUGUGAAUGAAAUAGGCAUGAUUUCUGCUCUACAACAUCCGCAUCUUGUAAAGCUGUAUGGCUGUUGUAUCGAAGGAAAUCAGUUAUUGCUAGUAUAUGAGUACAUGGAAAACAACAGCCUUGCUCGGGCAUUGUUUGGCCAAAAAGAUAGCCAAUUGAAACUGGAUUGGCCAACAAGACACAAGAUUUGUGUUGGUAUAGCAAGGGGUUUGGCUUAUCUACAUGAAGAAUCGAGGCUGAAGAUUGUUCACAGAGACAUAAAGGCCACUAAUGUGCUGCUCGACAAGGACCUUAACCCCAAAAUAUCCGACUUUGGCUUGGCCAAACUUGAUGAAGAGGAGAAUACCCACAUUAGCACCCGGAUCGCUGGAACUUUGUGA